AUGGCCCCGCCGCCCGCCUCCAGCUCGUCGCUGCCGCUGUCUCUGCCUCUGCUCGUGCUGGCGCUGGCGACCGCCGCCACCCACGGCGCGGCCGUCGUCGACAUCGUCGAGCACACACCCGAGUACAUUCGCCCGUGUCCACGGAAGGAUCCGAAUGCCAAUGGUUGCAUCAAGGAACUGUUCCAGCACAUGUUUCCUUAUCUAGCAAAAGGCAUUCCCGAGAUCGGCGUGGCGCCGUACGAGCCGCUGCGCAUCCCGCGCCUGGCGCUGAGCAAGGGCCAGGGCGCCGUCCUCAUCUCGGGCAGCUUCUCCGACAUCGUCGUCCGGGGGCCCUCCAACGCCACCACCACCUUCGGCAGGCUGGACACGGAGCAGCAACGCCUCGAGUUCGGCCUGCAGAUCCCGGACCUGCGCCUGGAAGGCAACUACGACCUCAAGGGGCACAUCCUGCUGCUGCCACUCGUUGGCAACGGGCGCGCCACGCUCAGGCUCGGCAAUACGACAACGACGGUGUCCACGAGGUACGUGGUGGAUAGCGUUCGUGGCCGCGAUGUGGUGCGCAUCGUCACCAUGAAGGUCGACUUCACCGUCGCAUCCAUGCACAUCCACCUCUACAACCUGUUCAACGGCAACAAGGUGUUAGGGCACACGCUGAACACGUUCCUCAACAAGAACGGGCAGGAGGUGCUGGCGGAUUUGGAGGAACCCUUGGGCGAAGCUCUCAGCGAGGUGUUCAUCGACCUCGUCAACCAGAUCUUCACCCACAUCCCGCUCGACAUCUGGCUGCCCUCUGGCGGGAGACGAUAGCUGCAGUGGACGCCGACGAUGCGGCCGUUUAAUCCCGAAUCGUCGUUAGCCAAUUCAACCACCAUGGCCAUACUUAACAUUUACUUUUCAGCAGGCGGUAGUUUGUGACGAACAGUUGCUUUUCUUUCUAGUUCGUUUGCCAUGCAACAUCGCUCGUGGUUGAAAAAGGCCGAGAAUUAUUAAUCUCUUAUUCUUGUUUGUCUUUUCAUUGUAAUUCAUAUGCAAAACUCAACUGCACUGAUCAGCCAGAACAUUAUGAACACCUACAUAAUAGCCGGUAUGUAUACCUUUACAACGGAUAACAGCUGCAACGCAUGGUGGCAUGGAAGCAAUGAGGCUUUGGUAGAUCGAUGGAUAGAGUUGGCACCACAUCUGCACACACAAGUCACCCAAUUCCCGUGAAUUCCUGGGAGGGGGACGAUAAGCUCUGAUGCCAUGUUCAGUCACAUCUCAGAUCUGGCGAGUUGGGGGCCAGCACAUCUGUUUGAACCCACCACUGUGGUCCUCGAAUCACUCCAUCACACUGCCGGCCUUCUGACAUGGCGCAUUAUCUUUCUGAAAAAUGCCAUUGCCGUGGGGAAACAUGGUCGUCUUUAAGGGGUGUACGUUGUCUGCAACUGGUGUACGAUACUCCCUGGCCGUCAUGGUACCUUGAACGUGCCCCACUGGACCCAUGAACGCCCACGCCCAGAGCAUAAAAGAGCCGCCGCCUCUUUGCCUCCGUCCAGCAGUACAGGUGUCAAGGAGCUAUUUCUCUGGAAGACGACGGAUUCACGCCGUUCCAUCAGAAUUGUGAAGAAGGUAUGGAAUUCAUCAGGCCAUGCAACACUCUGCCACUGCGCCAUCGUCCAGUGCCGAUGGUCACGUGCCCAUGUCAGUCGUAGUUGCCGACGUCGCGGUGUAACUUUGGCACUUUCAUGGGUCGUCGGCUGCGGAGACCCAUCGUUAGGAGUGUUCUGUGCACUGUGUGUUCAGACAUACUUUUACUCUGCCCAGCAUUAAAGUCUGGUGUUAGUUCCGCCACCUGUCCUGUUUUACC